UCCCGCUCCCCCUCCAGCUCCCUCCAGCCACCCCAGGUCGCCUGCAGACUAACCUCCCCAGCCUCCGGGGCCUCACGGAAUCCACCCGACCUCGCCGCCGGCUUGUGGACAUGACGAUCCCUGCCCGGCCCCGGGUCCUCCGCCCCGAGACCACCGUCGCCCGGACGCUCCUGCUAGGCUGGGUCCUCGCCCAGGUGGACGGCGCCACAGUCACUACGGAUACUUAUAAUUUAACUUGGAAAUCAACUAAUUUCAAGACAAUUUUGGAGUGGGAACCCAAACCCAUCAAUCAUGUCUACACUGUUCAGAUAAGUACUAAAUCAGGAGAUUGGAAAGGUAAAUGCUUCCACACAACAAACACAGAGUGCGACCUCACUGAGGAGAUUGUGAAGGACGUAAAGCAGACAUACUUGGCACGGGUCCUUACCUACCCCGUGAGGAACUUAAAUACCACAGGUUAUGCUGGGGAACCUCCGUUUGAAGACGCCCCCGAGUUUACACCUUACCUGGAGACAAAGCUCGGACAGCCAGUGAUUCAAAGUUUUGAACAAGUUGGAACAAAACUGAAUGUGACUGUACAAGAUGCACGUACCUUAGUAAGAAAGAAUGGCACAUUCCUAAGCCUCCGGGAUGUUUUUGGCAAGGACUUAAAUUAUAUACUUUAUUAUUGGAAAGAUUCAAGUACAGGAAAGAAAACAGCCAAGACAAACACUAAUGAGUUUUUGAUUGAUGUGGAUGAAGGAAACAACUACUGUUUCAAGGUUCAGGCAGUGAUUCCAUCCCGAAAAACUAACCAGAAGAGUUCAGAAAGCCUCUUUGCAUGCACCAGCCAAGAGAAAGGUGUAUUCAAAGAAAUGUUCUUCAUUGUUGGAGCAGUAGUGUUCGUGGUUAUCAUCUUCAUCAUCAUCUUGUCUGUGUCUCUGUACAAGUGCAGAAAGGCAAGAGCCAGGGGAAGUGGGAAGGAGAGCUCCCCACUGAACAUUUCAUAAAGGAAGCACCAUUGGAGCUGCCCACUACUGCAAAUGCUAUAGUGCACUAUAACCCAGAACUUUUAGGACAAUAGAAUAUAUGGAAACACAAAUGAGCAUUUUGGAGCAUGAAGACCCUUGGGUUCAAAAAGUUCUUUCCAUGACCUGCUCUUACAAUCAACAUUCUGGUUUUGACAACCACAUUAGUCACUGGAAUGUAAUGAAUGGUACAACUAAUUCCAAAUUUUAAUUUUUAUUUUAACACUGUGGCACCUUUUGCACAUAUCAUGCUUUAGAGUGUAUAUUCUGCAGUCAAGAAGAAACCAGGUCAUACGAGCAAAAACAAAUGAACAAAUGCUUUAAAAUAUCUUGCGUGGACUUUUAGAGAGCUUUUGAGAGGCUAACUUAAAAUGAUGUAGGAAAGUAAAAUGGAAGUUGGGAGGACUUUUCUGACAUGUAUCUGUCCUUUCAUAGUAUGGUGUUUAGGUUUUUUGUUUGGGGGUGGUGAGUACUUUUGGAAGUUCAAAACAAUUGGCAAACUUCUAUAUUAAUUUGUUAGAUGCAGGAGACUUCAAUUUUGGGCAUAUUCCCAAUACACAUUACAGUUUAGCACUUUAACUGACUUAAGUGGUAUUGAUUAAAUAUUUGACAACUAACUACAUUUUUAUAAGACUACUAUACAAACAAACUACAUAGAAUUUAUGAUUUAAGGUACUUAAAGCUUUUAUGGUCAACAUUGUAUAUAUUUAUAUAAUUUUUUAAAAGGUUUUAUAUAUGGGGAUUUUCUA